AUGUACUCCACCGGCCACGCCGCCAUGCCGCCCCCGCAGGCAAGACAAGUCGCCCCCGAGACCUUCCUGCUGGACCAUGAUGCGCAACAGAGUCUGCCGCCAGACGCAAUUGUCGCAUUGCAGCAGGUCGACAAUCUCAAGUACUUUCUCAUCUCUGCGCCAGUCGACUGGCAGCCCGACCAAUACAUCCGCCGCUUCCUGCUGCCCACCGGCGAAUACGUCUCCUGCGUUCUCUGGAACAACCUCUUCCACAUCUCCGGCACCGACAUCGUGCGAUGCCUGUCCUUCAGAUUCCAGGCCUUCGGCCGCCCCGUGAAGAACUCCAAGAAGUUCGAGGAGGGCAUCUUCUCGGACCUGCGCAACCUCAAGUCUGGCACCGACGCAUCCCUCGAGGAGCCCAAGAGCGCAUUCCUCGACUUCCUCUACAAGAACAACUGCAUCAGGACGCAGAAGAAGCAGAAGGUCUUUUACUGGUACAGCGUGCCCCACGACCGCCUCUUCCUCGAUGCCUUGGAGCGCGAUCUCAAGAGGGAAAAGAUGGGCCAGGAGGCCACCACCGUCGCCGUUGCAGAGCCCGCGCUGUCUUUUGAAUUUGAUUCGUCGCAGUCGCUUUUCGAGCAGCUGACCAAGGCGCAACAAACCAACUCGUCCUCGUUCAACAACAGCAUCCAGCAGUACUCGCAAUCCACCUCUCCCGUCAUGCGCGCCAUGGACUCGAUGCCCCCGCCGCAGAUGAUCCCUCAGACCAUGCCCCCGACUGUCCAUGAGGAGCCCAUUCCGAUGGCCCACUUCGGCCAGCCGCAGAUGACUAUGGCUCCCCCCAUCGCCAACAUGGUCGCGAAGAGCCGCGAGCGGGAUUACACUCCCAUCCCCUACGACCGCAAUGGAAUCCCCUUGUCGCAGGUUCACCAGAGGCACAGCUCCAUGCCCGCGUACAUGGAGUACUCGCCCGCGCCGUCGUUCGUCUCUUCCCAUUACGAGGACUAUAGCACUCGUGGUAUGUCCUUCGAGCCUAUCACGCCUCCCCAGCACUCUAUUGGUCUGGGAGCUGAGCCUGCGUACAUCGCGAAUGAAGACACCGGUCUUUACACUGCAAUUCCCGACGUUGGCCUCUCGGCCAACUUCAACCCGCUCAUGCAGCUGCCUCCGUCGAACCUCGCCGCCCCGCAGUACGGCGCCCGCCCCUUCGCUCCCGGCAACGUCUACUCUGUCAUUGAGGGCUCGCCCACAUACAAGCAGAGGAGGAGGCGGUCUUCGAUGUCGAUUGGCGGCGGAAUUGCGGCGGUUGCGGCAGCGAACGCGGCCAACCCGCACGCUGCGCACAGGCCCAGUGACCUGCGCCGGUCCGUCUCGAGCUCGGUGGUUCCUGUUGCGGAGUCGGCGGAGGAGACGGGCCAUGACUCACCCCAGAGUCUGCACAACGGCUACUCCAACGUCCAGCAAAAGGCCGAGGUCGCUGACGUGUCGAGGCAUGGCACGCCGCUCGCUACCGUUGAGGGAAGCCCGAACCACCAGGCCUCUCAGAUGCUGUCGCAGGAUGACUUCUCCAGUCUGAAUGGCGACUUCUCCAGCCAAUCCCUGGCCCACGACGCCGUCGUCAGGCAAGCGCCCGGCGUCUUCCGCAGGGCCCGCAGCGCCACGAUGAUGGAGCUUGGCCCGUACCCGCAGAAGUCUCACUCUUGCCCGAUUCCCACUUGCGGCCGUCUGUUCAAGAGGUUAGAGCACCUCAAGAGGCACGUGCGCACGCACACGCAGGAACGCCCAUACGUCUGCCCUCUGUGCAAUAAGGCUUUCUCGCGCUCCGACAACCUGGCGCAGCACCGCCGCACCCACGAGCCUCGUCAGGAAGGUGACCCGAUCGUCAGCUACAGCGAAGAGGAAGAGGAGAACGACGAGGGCCUCGGCCCCUUGGAAGAGGAGAGCCCCGAGGCUGCCAACGACUACAUGCCGUCUCACCUGUCGGUGUCUGCGUCCCUCACCGACCUCCCCAAUCCCAUGGCGGCCGUGACGACCAUGGGCCAGACGCAUCACCUGCUCGCUGCCAGCAACUUCUAA